GUCGCUGCUGCUGCUGCUGCUGUGUAAACGCCUGUCACACAGGGAGGGAAGUACCCUUAUCAAUCGCGUAUGUGGCAUUUUAGCGCGUUCCCUGUGACAGGGUCGCUGCUCUUCACGAGUCACAAUGGUGUUUGAGUCCUUAGUCAGUGAUCUCUUAAACAGAUUUAUAGGAGACUAUGUGGAAAACCUGGACAAGUCGCAGCUGAAGAUUGGGAUAUGGGGAGGAAAUGUUGUGUUAGAAAACCUCAGGGUGAAAGAAAAUGCAUUGAGUGAAUUUGAUGUCCCUUUUAAAAUAAAAGCUGGUCAAAUUGGUAAGCUGACCCUAAAGAUCCCUUGGAAAAACCUUUACAAUGAGGCAGUGGUGGCUACGUUAGAUGGUUUAUAUCUUCUUGUGGUUCCCGGUGCAACUCAGUUUGAGUUAUUAACCUCACCAUACAAUGCGAUUAAGUAUGACCCAGCCAAAGAGGAGCGUUACUUGCAGGAGGCCAAGCAGAAGGAGCUGCAACGCAUUGAGCAAACCUUGCAAAUGGUUGCACACAGAGGCUCUCAGGAUGGAGAGCUUGUGUUUAAUCUGGAGAAUUAUGUGUAUAAGAACUCACCACGGGACAAAGGACGUAAACUUAAAAAGCAUAAAAAACCCUUUAGGAGAUCUAAAAAGCAUGAACAUAAAGCAGAAAAGCCACAUGAGGAAAAGAAAGACACAUUCACUGAAAAACUGGCUACACAAGUUAUUAAAAACCUUCAAGUAAAAAUCACCAGUAUCCACAUCAGAUAUGAGGAUGAUGUGUCGGACCCUCAGAGACCCCUUGCUAUGGGCAUGACUCUUUCUGAACUCAGUUUACAGACAACAGAUGAAAACUGGAAGACAUGUAUUCUAAAUGAAGCAGCCAAGAUCAUCUACAAGCUGGGGCGCCUGGAUUGUUUUUGUGCUUAUUGGAACGUCAACAGCCCGAUCUUCUACAGGGACUCCUGGGAGGAGAUAGUGAGCAAACUGAAAGCAGGAAUCAGCACAAGAAAUGAGGAACUGCAAGGUUAUCAAUACAUUUUCAAACCCAUUUUUGCCUCUGCAAAGAUGUGCAUCAACCCCAAUGCUGAAGUUGAGCUCAAAUCACCCAAAGCAAAUCUGCACCUUGAGGUUCAGAACAUUGCAAUUGAGAUGACUAAACCUCAGUACCUGUCUAUGGUGGAUCUUCUGGAGUCUAUAGACUUUAUGGUGAAGAACAUCCCAUACAGAAAGUUCAGGCCUGAUGUUCCGGUCCACAAAAACGCAAAGGAUUGGUGGAAAUACAGUAUCAGCAGUAUAAUGGAGGUGCAUAUCAAACGCUUCAACAAGAUGUGGAGCUGGAAAAACAUCAAGAAGCACAGGGACACGCUUAAAGCCUACAAAGCUGCGUACAAAUGCAAACUUACACAGGGCAAAGUCAAAGAGGACACAGAGAAACAGAUCCAGGAGCUGGAGAAGGCUCUGGAUGUGUUCAAUAUUGUUUUAGCCAGACAGCAAACUCAGAUGGAGGUGGGACAGAAGCUUGUGGCUAAAAAGUCUGCCACCCCGAAACAGAGCGGAGGAGGCUUCUUCAGUAGCUUUUUUGGCAAGAAAGAAGGAAAGAAAAAGGAGGAAGAAGAAGAUAAAGAGCAAGAGAGUAUAGAUUCUAUCAUGACCUCUGAGGAGAAGGCCAAACUCUACACAGCCAUUGGCUACAGUGAGAGCUCACAUAACCUUGCCUUACCAAAGCACUAUGUAGCAAUAGUCGUCACCUUUAAGCUGUUGAGCACCUCGGUAACCCUCAGAGAGAGGCCCGGCGUUCCCGAGAUACUCAAAGUGCAAAUAAUCGACCUCAGUACGGCCAUCUCACAGAGACCUGGAGCCCAGGCCAUCAAAGUGGAGGCUAAGCUGGAGCACUGGUAUGUGACUGGUCUGCAGCAGCAGGGCGAGGUGCCAUCUCUCAUAGCGUCUGUGGGAGGCUCAGACUCCUCGUUGCUCAGUGUGCUUUUUGAGCUCAACCCGGAGAACAGCACUGCCGACCAGCUCCUCAGAGUCCAUUCACAGCCUGUGGAGAUCAUCUAUGAUGCUCUGACUGUCAUCAGCAUCACAGAAUUCUUUAAGACGGGUAAAGGAGUUGACCUGGAGGUCAUCACCUCAGCAACACUCAGCAAACUUGAGGAGAUCAAAGAGAAGACGGCUGCCGGUUUGUCUCACAUUAUUGAGACACGCAAGGUGUUGGACUUGAGGAUUGAUCUUAAACCCUCCUACCUGCUGCUGCCCAAGUCUGGCUUCUAUGACAGCAAAUCAGACCUCAUGAUCGUUGAUUUUGGUUACCUGCAGUUAAACAGCAUAGAUCAAGGCAGUCAUCAGCAGGUAUCUACCAGUUUCUCAUCUCUAGAGGAAAUCAUGGAUCGAGCAUAUGAAAGAUAUUCCUUGGAGCUUCGCAGUGUCCAGAUACUGUACAGCAAGUCAGGAGAGAAAUGGAAAAAUGCUCGUCUUCAGGGUUCCUCCCAUCAGCACAUUCUUCAGCCAAUGGACUUCACUCUUCAGCUGGCUAAAUGUAUGGUAGACAAUGAUUCACGUAUGCCCAGGUUCAAAGUGUCUGGAGAGUUGCCCUUGCUGCAUGUCAAGAUCUCUGAUCAGAAGAUUAAAGAUGUUCUGCAGCUCGUGGACAGCGUUCCUCUCCCACAGACUAACUCAAGCCCACCUACCACGCCUACAGGAAAGGUGUUGGGGAUGCCCCUAUCUGAUGUCAGGCCAAAUGUGUUAGGCUUAGACCCUGCAGUUUUGUCCUAUACUGUUGAGUCAGACUCUGAAGGAGACACCAGUGAGAGGUCUGUGGAUGAAGACACUCUCAGAUCGACCCAGGAAGAGCUUACAGAAGUGCAGUUUCAGUUUGAAGUCAAGGCGGUGUUGUUGGAGCUGACCAGGCAGGCCGCCCAAGAGGACGUGGUGUUGGCAUUGAACGUGUCUCAACUGGGUGCAGAGGGCAAGAUAAGAACUUUUGAUCUCACUGCCACCGCUUACCUCCGCAAGAUCAGCCUCGACUACUGUGAGAUUAGAGAUGCACAAAAUCAGCCCCUUCAUUUAAUUACCUCUUCAGACAAGCACGGCUCUGAUCUAUUGAAAGUGGAGUUCAUCAAAGCUGAUAUGAAUGGACCCAGUUUCCACACAUCCUUUAACAACACAGAACAAACACUGAAGGUGGAGUUUUCCUCUUUGGACUUUCUGUUGCACACUAAAGCUUUGCUUUCAACCAUCAACUACAUGAACUCAGCAUUACCAGAUGAGAUUACAGCCUCCAAAGAGAAAGAAACCAAGAGACAGACUGAGAAAGCAGCAGGGAAAACAGUGUCCAAGGGCUCGAAGGAUUCUGGUGUUGUGAACUUUAAGCUGUCUGCCAUGCUUGGUUCCUUCAGAGUGUCUGUCUGUGAUGACAGAAGCAACAUUGCUGACAUCCGAGUCCAAGGCAUUGAUGCAUCUGUGGUGGUCCAGGCCAAAGAAACUGAGGUCUUUGCUCGUCUGCGUGAUAUUGUGGUUCUUGAUGUGGAUCCAAAGACCAUUCAUAAAAAGGCGGUGUCAAUUGUUGGAGAGGAGGUGUUCAGCUUUAAGAUGACUCUCUAUCCCGGAGCCACAGAAGGUGAUGGUUACUCUGACACAUCCAGAGUGGAUGGAAAAGUCAUCCUGAGGCUGGGCUGCAUUCAGAUCGUCUACCUACACAAGUUCCUCAUGUCUUUAUUGGACUCUUUUAGCUAUCAGUAUCCCUCUGCUGAUGAGAUGUUUGUGGAUAACUUCCAGACAGCUAAAGAUGCUCUGAGCGCUGCCACAGCUCAGGCCGCCGAGAAAGCAGCUUCCAGCGUGAGAGAUUUUGCUCAGAAGAGUUUCAGACUCGCCAUGGACAUCAAACUGAAGGCUCCUCUUAUCAUCAUCCCCCAGUCCUCCACAUCCCAUAAUGCAUUCGUGAUUGACUUGGGUCUCAUAACUGUUGGAAACCGCUUCUCACUGCUGGCAGCUGAGGGCUUUACCUUGCCCGCUGUUUUGGAGACCAUGGAUGUAAAACUCACACAACUCAAACUGUCUAGGACCGUUCUGAAGCAUGAUGAUGCUCAUCCUAAUAUAGAUAUUCUGGAACCCAUCAAUUUAGAGCUACAGGUCAAGCGUAAUUUGGCUGCUGCCUGGUUCAACAAGAUUCCAGGAAUGGAGGUGAAAGGAGUGCUGAAGUCAAUGAACAUGACUCUUAGUCAAGAGGAUACUGGGGUUCUAAUGAGCGUCCUAACUGAGAACAUUGGUGAAGGAAGCAAAGCUGCUGCUGUGAAAGAAACUAAAGCUUUUACUAAAGAUGAAGCUGUUACAAAUGAAGGACUGGUAAAUGCACUUUCUGUUGAGACGGGAAGUCAAGCUGCUAUCACUAAUGGCACUUUCAGUGAGAAUGUCAUCAACGUGCUGCUCAAUUUUGAAAUCAAGGAGGUUAUGCUGAAAUUAAAGAAGUCCAAACAUGUGCAGGAAGAUGCCUUUCUGGUCCUGCAUGUAGCUCAGCUUGGAAUCGACACCAGAGUUAGAAAAUAUGACAUGGAGGCAACAACAUAUAUUAAAACCAUCUCCAUGAAGUGCCUGGAGUUUCCUGAUUCAAAUGGGGAACCACUCUGUAUCAUCAGUUCCUCAGCAGAAUCAGGAACCGAUCUUCUUGAAGUCAAGUAUUUUAAGGCUGAUCGAAAUGGGCCCAACUUUGCUAUUGUCUACAAUAAUACUGAGCAGAUGAUCAAUGUGAUGUUCUCCUCACUGGACUUGAUGUUGCAUACUGAGGCUCUUCUCUCUACUAUGGACUUUCUGUCUGCCGCCCUGUCCAGCAGCAGUCUCCCUUCACCAGAGAGAGAAAGCAAAAAGGCAGACGACAUAAGAACAACCUCAACCAAAUCCACUGCACUGAGCUCUCCCUCUGAUGGUGACAUCAUUGACCUAAAGGUGAACAUGCAGCUGGGCGCAUUUAAUGUUUUGGUGUGUGACCAGAAGAGCAACAUGGCAGACAUCAAGAUUCAGGGUUUGGAUGGUUUUCUCCAAAUGCAGGGAACUCAGACACACAUGUCUACACGUCUGCGUGACUUCAUCGUCAUCAAUGUGGAUCCUAAAACAGUUCACAAGAAGGCGAUCUCUAUCGUAGGCGAUGAGGUGUUUAGCUUUAGCAUGAGUCUCACACCUAAAGCCACUGAGGGGGCUGGAUAUGCAGAUACUUCAAAGGUCGACGGCAAAGUUAAACUCAACGUGGGCUGUAUUCAAGUGGUCUACCUGCACAAAUUUGUCAUGUCAUUGCUUAAUUUCAGUAACAACUUCCAGACAGCUAAAGAGGCUCUGAGUGCUGCCACGGCUCAAGCCGCUGAGAAAGCAGCUUCCAGUGUGAGAGAUUUUGCUCAGAAGAGUUUCAGACUCGCCAUGGACAUCAAACUGAAGGCCCCUCUUAUCAUCAUCCCCCAGUCCUCUACAUCCCAUAAUGCUGUGGAGGCGGACUUGGGGCUCAUUACUAUAGGAAACGGCUUCUCUCUGCUCCCAGUGGAAGGUCGUCCACUGCCUGCUGUCAUUGAUAAUAUGGAUAUAGAGCUCACUCAGCUGAAACUGUCCAGAAUUUCCAUGAAGCAGGACUCAAACCAACCUAGCUCCAAACUUUUGGAGCCAGUUAACCUGGUUCUCUCUGUCAAACGUAAUCUGGCAGCAUCGUGGUACCAGAAGAUGGCUGCCAUAGAGGUGGAUGGAGAUCUGAAACCAAUGAAGAUGGCCUUAAGUCAAGAUGACCUGACUGUGCUCUUGCGGAUUUUGAUGGAGAACAUUGGAGAGGCGAAUGCUGUUCAACCCGAUGCACAGAUCGGCUCAGAUGCGGCCCUCAAACAAGAGACUGUGCAGGUCAAAGCACGUACACAGACUGGUUCAGAGAUUGUGGUAGAGAAGCUGCUUGAAAUUAAACCAAAGGAGGCAGAGCUGUUGGAGAGUGUCAAGUUCAACUUUAAUGUAGAUUCACUUAAGCUCAUGCUUUAUAGUAAUGACCCUGCACAGCCUUCUGCACAUGAGGAGCAAUUGUGUUUAGGGGAAUUCAUGCUGCGUAAAUUGAAUACUUCCGGCACAAUGUUUAGUAAUGGCAAUCUGGAGGUCUCCACCACCCUCACCACCUGUACGCUGGACGACAUGAGGAGUGGUACUAAAAGAGUCACAUCCAGGAUGCUGGGAAGGCGUGAUGAAAAGACCUCAGAGCCGAUGAUUGAUGUGAAAUACGUUCAGAGUGCAGAUGAACGCUCAGUGGUUGCUGUACUACAGAAGCUUUAUCUGUGUGCUAGCGUGGAGUUUCUUUUGGCUGUUGGUGACUUUUUCGUACAAGCCAUGCCCACUAGCCCACCUGCACAGCGAGACAAAACCAAUCAGCUUCCUCUGAAACACGUCUUAGAACCCACAAUUCAGAGUGAACCUGGAGCAGUUCCUGCUCAGAAAACCACAGUGCGGGCGGUUGUAGUGGACCCAGAGGUGGUGUUUGUGGCUAAUCUGAUGAAGGCAGAUGCUCCUGCAUUGGUUGCUUCAUUCCAGUGUGACUUCAGCCUCCUGUCUGAAGACAUCGGUCAGACUAUGAAGGCCAGCAUUAGGAGCCUCAAAGUUCUUGCCUGCCCCUUUAUUAGGGCAGAUGGUGACAAGGCCGUGACCACAGUACUGAGACCAUGUUCUGUUGAACUUGAGACUAAAAUGCCAACCAAUGCCCCAUUAACUGGUUCAGUAACUGUACAGGAGGUCGUAGUAAAAAUCUCUCCUAUCAUUCUUAACACUGUCAUUACCAUCAUGGCGGCCAUGACACCCAAACCAAAGGAAGAAGCAUCGCAGCAGACGACCGAAGACCUGAACAGUCUUUGGUCCGUGUUGAACGUUGCUAACGCUAACUACUGGUUCCUGGGUGUGGACAGUGCCUCUGAGGUCACUGAGAGCUUCAAGGAAGUGGUCAGCAGCAAGAAUGGGGAGAGUUUUGGAGUUAACGUAAAGGUGGUGCAGGUUACACUAGAGUCCGGUUUAGGACAUAGGACCGUUCCUCUGCUGCUUGCAGAAUCUUCCUUCAUUGGUAGCGCUCACAACUGGUCAUCAUUGCUCAGUGUCUCUGCAGAUAUGACGCUGGAGGUGAAUUAUUUUAAUGAGACUCAUGCAGUCUGGGAGCCACUGCUUGAGAGAGUUGACAAUGGAAAACGAAGGUGGAACCUUAAAUUAGAGAUGAAGAAUAACCCUGUUCAAGAUAAAAGUCCAGUUCCUGGGGAUGAUUUUAUUAUGCUGCCAGAACCUCGCACAGCCAUCACCAUAUGUUCCAAAGACACCAUGAACAUCACCGUGUCCAAAUGCUGCCUCGGUGUCUUCAACAACCUGGCUAAGGCGUUCUCCGAGAGCACAGCCUCCACAUUCGACCACUCUCUGAAAGAGAAAUCUCCCUUCACUAUUCGUAAUGCAUUAGGCAUUCCUCUCAUCAUUCAGCACAGCUCUAAUCUGCGCCUGGCUGGCUCAUCCUCAUCGGUUAAACUACACGAAUUACCUGUGGAUAAGAGUGUGGAUUUUGAACAUUCCACCUUUGAGCAUUCAUCUCGACUUUCUGCCCUGCAGAGGCAGGAAAGCUGCCUGUUCAAUCUCAGCAUAGUUCCCACAGGUUACAGUGAGAUGUCAAAUAUUCCCCUGGGUAAGCCCAGCCGCAGACUCUACAAUGUUAGAAGCCCCAUGAAUGAUGAAGCCGUGUCCAUACUGCUUCAAAUCGAUGCCAGUGAGGGCAAUAAGGUCAUCACAGUUCGCUCCCCGCUGCAGAUAAAGAACCAUUUCUUGGUGCCUUUUGCCAUUCUGAAGUAUUCUUCUGAGCUUGGAGUGCUGGUUAAUGUGGGAGUUGCUGAGCCUGAGAAAGAGUGUCAUGUUCCUUUAGAAGCUUACAGGAGUCAGUUGUUUUUGCUGCCUCUCGGUCCUCUAGAAGAUCAGUAUCAUUCGUCAACCACAUACAUCGCAUGGAAGGAGCAUGUUCACGUAAGCUCAGAAGUUCAAGCAGUGCUGCAAUGUCCCGCCAUGGAUAGCAGCUUCCCGCCGGUGGUGGUGAACACGUUGGCUGUGCCUGAUGAACUGAGUCACAUUGCCAGCCAUGGUGAGGAGGACUGGGACCCAGCUUAUGUCAUCCACCUGCACCCAACAGUUACCAUCAAAAACCUGCUGCCUUACUCAAUACGCUACCUGCUGGAGGGUUCUCCUGAUUUCUGCGAGCUUCUGGAGGGCAGUACGGCAGAUGUGCUAAACUCUCAGAUCAGUGGCGAAAUAAUGGAGUUUGUGUUGAGCAAAUACCAAGGGCGUAACUGGAGCGGCCGAAUGAGGAUUAGUAAGGACAUCCCAGAGUUCUUUUCUGUCUGCCUGAGCUGUGACACCUCCGAGGAGCUGACCGUGGACGUUUGCGUCCAUGUAUCUCGCGUGAGUGGCAAAAUGAUCCUGUCCAUCUACAGUCCGUACUGGAUCAUCAAUAAGACGUCCCGCGUGCUGCAGUAUCGCGCUGAAGACACGUGUGUCAAACACCCGUCUGACUUCAGAGACGUCAUUCUGUUCUCCUUCAAAAAGAAGAACUUCUUCACCAAGAAUAAGCUGCAGCUCUGUGUGUCCACCAGCUCCUGGUCGGAUGGCUUCUCGCUGGACACAGUUGGGAGUUACGGGUGUGUGCGCUGUCCAGACAGAGGCGGAGACUACCUGGUGGGGGUCAGCAUCCAGAUGAGCAGCUUUAAUCUGACACGGAUCGUAACCAUGAGUCCUUUCUACACCCUGGUCAACAAGUCCUCGUUUGAGCUGGAGGUUGGAGAGGUGCAGAAUAACAAUGACUUCAGCAACAAAUGGCACUACAUCUCCUCCACUGAGUGUUUGCCUUUGUGGCCCGAGUCGAGCACAGGGAAGCUGUGUGUGCGAGUUGUAGGAUCUGAAUCGACCUCCAAAUUGUUCUUCUUUAACAAGCAGGAUAAUGGGACUCUACUGUGCAUGGAUCAGUAUGGUGGUGUAAUAGUGGAUGUGAAUAUCUCAGAUCACUCCACUGUCAUCAGCUUUACUGAUUACUAUGAUGGAGCUGCACCUGCUCUUCUUGUGAACCACACACCUGCUGCCACUAUCAACUUCAAACAGAGUGGCUGUGAAAAGUCUUGGGAACUUCAACCCGGUGAAGCUCAGCGGUUUGCAUGGGAUGAUCCAGCAGGCGUGAGAAAGCUUUGUUGGAGCUGUCAGGACCACUCUGGAGAACUGGAUCUUGUGAAGGAUGAAUGUGGGCAGUUUUCUUACCAAAACUUAGUUGAGAUACACUGGGUGUCUUUCCUGGAUGGUCGACAACGGGUGCUGAUCUUUACUGAGGAUGUCGGCAUAGUGACCAAGGCAAGGCAGGCAGAAGAGCUGGAGCAGUUUCAGCAAGAAGUCAAUAUCUCGUUACAGAACUUAGGCCUUUCACUCAUCAACAGUGACCUCAGGCAGGAGAUAGCGUAUGUUGGCAUUACCAGUUCUGGUGUUGUCUGGGAGAUGAGACCAAAGAAUCGAUGGAAGUCAUUUAACCACAAGAACAUUGCACUGCUGGAAAAGGCCUACCAGAACUAUAUCAGCAAAAAGAGUGAACCAGACUGGAUUAAACUGGAAACUGGCUUAGAGGUGAACUUUGGGAGGGUGCCCAUGUUAAUGAGACAGCCAUUUUCGUCCACCAUAAGGAGAAACUUUUUGCCCGGCAUUCAUGUUGAGUUGAAACAGUCGCCACAUCAGAGGAGUUUACGUGCACAGCUGUACUGGCUUCAGGUGGAUAAUCAGCUGGCUGGAGCAAUAUUUCCCACUGUGUUUCAUCCCGUUCCUCUUCCAAAAUCUAUUGUUCAAGACUCGGAGCCAAAGCCAUUUAUUGACGUGAGCGUCAUCACAAGGUUUAAUGAGCACAGCCAAGUCAUGCAGUUUAAGUACUUCAUGGCAUUAGUGCAGGAGAUGGCAGUAAAGAUUGAUCAGGGUUUUUUGGGGGCGAUCCUUGCCCUGUUUACGCCCACCACUGACUCCCAGGACAGCAAAGAGAAGAAUAAGCUGAUAGAGAAGGAUCUGGACGCAUUACAGGCUCAGCUGAUGGAGAGCUCCAUGACAGACACCUCAGGCUUGAGCUUCUUCGAGCAUUUCCACAUCUCACCCAUUAAACUGCAUCUGAGUCUGUCUUUGGGCUCCAGCGGAGAUGAGUCUGGGCAGGGCGAUAUGGUCGCCAUCCAGUCCGUCAACCUCCUGCUCAAAAGCAUUGGUGCCACGCUCACUGAUGUGGACGACUUGAUCUUUAAACUGGCUUAUUUUGAGGUGAAAUAUCAGUUUUACCGGCGAGAGAAACUGAUGUGGGCAGUGAUCAGACACUAUUCUGAACAAUUCCUGAAACAAAUGUACGUGCUGGUUUUGGGUUUGGAUGUUCUUGGAAAUCCAUUCGGACUGAUCCGUGGGUUGUCAGAAGGAGUUGAGGCUUUCUUUUACGAGCCCUUCCAGGGGGCUGUUCAAGGACCUGAAGAAUUUGCAGAAGGUUUUGUUAUUGGUGUCCGUAGUUUACUGGGACACACAGUUGGGGGCGCAGCUGGGAUGGUGUCUCGGAUAACAGGCUCUGUAGGCAAAGGUUUGGCUGCUAUCACUAUGGACAAAGAGUAUCAGCAAAAGAGGAGAGAGGAGAUGAACAGACCCACUAAAGAUUUUGGAGAGAGUCUGGCUAAAGGAGGCAAAGGCUUUCUCAAGGGAGUGGUUGGUGGAGUAACAGGAAUUGUGACCAAACCGGUGGAAGGGGCAAAGAAAGAGGGGGCUGCAGGCUUCUUCAAGGGCAUUGGGAAAGGCCUAGUUGGAGUGGUUGCCAGGCCUACAGGGGGCAUCGUAGACAUGGCAAGCAGCACUUUUCAAGGCAUUCAGAGAGUGGCUGAAUCAACUGAAGAGGUGACUAAAUUACGGCCAGUACGUCUGAUACGAGAGGAUGGCAUUAUACGACCAUAUGACCACCAUGAAUCUGAGGGCUAUGACCUCUUUCAGAGGUCUGAGAUUAAAAUACUGGAUGGAGAGAUCUUCAGAGAACAUUAUGAGUAUCCAGGGCACAGAAAAACAAACAUCGUUAUAACCAACAGGAGGGUGAUGUGUGUGAAGGAAAUCGAUGUAAUUGGGCAUUUUAAUAAAGAAUGGGAAUGCCAGUUUGAGAAUUUCCUAAAGCGACCAUGUGCCGAGGGAGAAGAUUUGAAGAUUUAUUACCGGGAACAGAACAAACUCAACAUCCUUAGAAAGGAUGGACAGGAAUCAAUAAGAGUGAUACACUUGAAAAAUGCACAAAUGGCCGAGAAAAUGCAAGAAGGUAUCGAGAAAGCCCAGACUGCACGCCAGCUGCAUCAGAUGGUGCGACAGAAGUCACAGCGAUUUAUCAAAAUGGGCAACAACUAAAUCAGUCAGUCUAGUUACAUAAACUUGCUGCUGCCUGAACUAUAUACCCAAAAUAUGAUUCAUGUACUGCCUAGCACUCGAAGUAUCAAAUAAAGUAUGUAUAUGUUUUGUUUAAAAAUAAUUUCAUAAAAUUCCCUACUUUUUUUGAUUUAUCACUGAAUUUUUGAUUUGUUGAUGUGUAUCGCUUGAUUUGUUGAGGUUUUUGUACGUAUAACAGGAUUAUGCAAAUUCUCAUAUAAUUUUUUUUUGUUUUGUUUUUUGGUCAGUCUGGAAGCUUAGAAUAUAGAAAACAAAUAAGAUGUUAUUUUGUUAAUAGGAUUUGUUACAAAUAAUAAAGUAGGAAUGUAAUGAUGUUGCAAUUCAGGUCAGAUAGUUCACCCAAAAAUGAAAAUUCUGUUCUCAUUUACUUGCCCUCUUUUUUUGCAAACCUGUGGUUGUAUUUUUCCAUGGGACACAAGAGGAGAUGCCCAGAAUAUUAGGGACUGACUUCCCCAAUGCACUUUCACUGUAAAAAAAAAUAAGACUGACAGUAUUCAUCAGUUUCUCUUCUUGUGUUCAAUUGAAGAAUGAAUGUUAUGAGGGAGAGUAAAUGAUAACAGUAUAAUCUUUAAAAAAAUUAAAGAUCCUUUUGCACUAAAAACUAAAUUCUGUAAAGUAUGUGUUUGAUACAGUACAAUUACACAAUAAAUAAAUACACAAAUGCUGAUAUACUGCA